AUGGUGGGCCACCUCAUCGCGGACAGCGGCGCCAUCGUUGCUUGGAUUGCGGGUGACGACUGUGGCGAUGAUAGCCAUGAUGGUAGCUUUGAUGAUUACGAGGGUAAUGCAGACGCAGAGAACCUGCAGAGGAUCUUCGACGAGGCGGAUCGGCGAGGCCAGCCCGACCGACGCUAUGCCUGGAUCUUGGACAAGCUGAACUUUGAGCGCAAGCGCGGUCACAGCAUGUCGGUGGCACUGUGGAGGCUGGCGUCCAGGCGCUGCCGCUUCACGGUGAUGGAUGCGCCGGGCCACAAGGACUUCUCCAAAGACAUCGUAACGGCCAUGUCCCAGGCGGACAUUGCCGUUCUAGUGGUGUCGACGUCUAAAAGCGACCUGGAACAGGGGGAGGAGGGCGAGAUACAGCUCCGCGAACACACUCUGCUGGCCUACACCCUUGGCCUAAGGAGGCUUGUCGUGUGUGUGAAUAAGAUGGACAGUGACUCAGCGCGCUUCUCGGAAGACCGGUUCGCAACAGCGUGCAGGGUGGUCCGAGAGCGCUUGAAGACUGCCGGGUUGAAGACGAACGAUGUUUUCUUCGACGUUCACUUCGUUCCAACUUCCGGAUGGUGCGGAGACAACGUUAUCAGCCGGUCGGAUAACAUGCCUUGGUUUGGAGGCCCUACUCUCAUUGAGGCACUCGAUGAGGCCGUGGCAUCCCACUUUCGGCCAGAGCGGCCGCUUCGAUUUCCCUUGGCGGAGGUCAUGAAAGUCGGUGGAAAGGGAACCGUGGUCGUCGGCCGUGUGGCCACGGGCUCUUUGCGCUGUGGAGCGAAGCUGUCGUUCGCACCGGGAGGUGCAACAGCAGAGGUGACGGCCAUCGCUAUGCACCACGAGCCGCUGAAUGAGGCCGUGGUCGGAAACACGGUGACUGUGACGGUGGAUGCUGAGAUGAGCGAGCUUCGACGAGGCAUGGUGGGUUCUGCCGUUGAUGACAGCCCAGCAUGCGAGUGCUCCUCCUUCCUAGCGCAAGUCAUCGUUCUGAGCGAUCCUCGUGCAGGCGAAAUCCGCGAUGGCUCCGAACUUACCGUCGUUUGCCACACGGCUCAGGUGCUUUGUGCCUUUCAAGAGCUGGUCUCACGCUCGGACCGGCGUACAGGCAAAGUGCUACAGAUGCGACCACUGGCAUUGCGCGGGGGCGAUGCGGCUCUUGUGAGGCUUCGCCCUCAUACGCCCUUGUGCGUCGAACCGUUUGAGGAGUACCCGGCCCUCGGGCGCUUUUCUGUGCAUGACCAGAAGGUGACCGUUGCGGUGGGCGUGGUUCAGAAGGUGGAACAAGGACCUCCUUCAGCGCCACGUCGACCGCCACCCACAAGUCCCAGCAGCUCUCAGCCGCCAGCACACUCCGGGGAGAGAAGCACCGCUAAGCCGAAGGCUUCGCGCAGCGAGAAGCAGGUGGCCACGGAGCCGAGAUCGCGCACGAGGCGCUCUACAGACUCUCAGGAGGAGCCUCUACCGCUUCGGCGGGGACACCGGCUUCGAAACUUCUCCGAAGACUCUGGCGAGGAGCAACGGCUCCGCAACUACUCUGCUGAUUCUGGAGAGGCCUCGCACCAUGUCGAUGACAAUCCGGAACAGGUGAACUGUGCACAAGAAGACGCAGCUUUGCAAGUUCUUUGCGGUUGGUGCGGCACUUCGCAGCUCCGCCAGCAGCCAGACUUCUCCAAGACCCGGCUCUGUGCGGACUUCGUGGAGCUUGGCCGGUGUGCACAGGGCCGGGACUGCAAGUUUGCCCAUGGCAAGCGCGAGCUUCGCCCCGGGUCCGCCGCCAAAGUCGGCAGGCCUUCGGCACGAAGCACGCAAGCAGCCCAAGCCCCGAAACCCGAGACAGAGGAGGCGAAGACGGUGGUGCAAGCUUUGGAAACAUUGCGAAAGCGGCAGCUGCACCAUGAGCGUGCAGCCAUGAAUCUCAUGCUUCAAGGCACAUUGGCCGGUGUAGCCUCUCUGUCUGGGAAAGGAAAAGCCAGCCCUGACCUCGAGCUUCCUGAGACGUCCUUCAGCCGACAGACCACCUGGGAAGGCGUGGAGACCGUGUCCACAGGUUUCAGCAGGGCUUCCUCGGACGCUUCCGAUGCUAGCAUGGCGGAGAAAGAGGUUUGCGAAGCGGCUGUGCAAGACCAGCAUGUCCCCUUGCCAAAGGCCCAGGUGACUGGUUGGAAGGUGCGGGUGAAAAAUACUUUCAUCGAGGUCCAGGAUGACGAGGACAUCAUCGAGCCAGUGAUGCGCCGGACAAAGUCUUUGCCAUGCAUCGCUGAGUUGUGA